AUGGUUCUGCAAGAGGAUCUCCAAGCAUUAGUGGCAUUGGGGGGUGUUGAGGAAAAACAAGAUGGAGAGAUCAUUGGUAUGUUCUCUAUGGCUACUGGUGUUCUAUGGGCAUAUCAAGCUGAGGUAAAAGCCAUACAUAAGGCUCUUUCAUUUUGUAAGGAAUUCUCAUUUUCACAGGUUUACAUAGAAAGUGACUCAUCCCUUGCUGUUGGGUGGGUAAUCCGCAAAGAAAACAGACCUUGGGCUCUUUUAAAUGAAUUAAAUGCAAUUGAUUGGCUUAUGAGGGAUGUGGGUUGCUUGGGGGUUUCACAUAUUUAUAGAGAAGCAAAUCCUAUGGUGGAUUACCUCGCGAAACUGGGCUGUGACAGAACCAUGCCAUUAUGGGAGAACUUGGCUUAA